GUCCCCACGCUCUCUUUUUCUUCCUCUCCAUCUUCCUUUUACCACGCACGGCACGGCAGCGGCAAAGCUAAAUCAGGUCUCUUCGUCCUCCUCGCCCCUCCUCCCAAAUUUUAUCAAUCCAUCUCCUGGCUUUGGUUCUUGCCACCUACUAGGCAUGAUGCGCACGGCGAGGCCGUUUUGAGCCAGAGAAGAGAAGAGGGGGGAGGAGGAGGCGAUAGUAUAUUAGUAUAGUAGGGAGGCUAGGGGGAAUGGAGUGAAGGAGAUAGGUUGCUGCUGAGGGAUAUUUUUAUGCGAAGGCGAUGAGGGAGGACGGGGGGCCGGCGAUGGCGCCGCUGAACGUGGUGGUAGCUUUAAGAGGGGAGGAGAGGUGGCGCCAUUUUGACGACUCCGUUAACGCGGUUUCGUUUGGCUUCGUGGCCACUGCCGUUCUCAUCUCCAUGUUCCUCGUCAUGGCCAUCUUCGAGCGCUUUCUUCGCUCGAGGUCGCCGCUCGCCGAAGAUGGCCGUGGAGGCGGCGCCGGUAAUGACUUUCGCGUGCAGAUGGGGUCGUCGGCGGAUCUGGAGGCGCACGCCGGCAAAAUGGGGUACUCGUCGCCCAAGAUAUCAAUGUAUUCGAAGGAGGUGUCCGUGUUGAUGCCUGGUCAUAGCACGCCAACUUUCAUCGCUUGUCCAGCUCCUGCUCCCUGCCCACCAGAGCGGAUGGCUUGGCCAGCACACGAACAUUGCUCGAUCAGCGAGGCCUCUCUAGUCCAGUAAACCACCUAAUUGUUCAACUUAGCAAUCUCAACAUUCUUGUAUUUGGGAGCCGUUCUUUGGGUAUUUGGUAAUGCCACAUUGUGUAUAGCUCGUUUUAUAGACUUCAAUGAAGCACGCUGCCCCUGUUGUGCCCAUGGCAGCAGAGUGGUAGCUUUCUCAA